GUUAUUUUCCCACAUCCGGCUAAAAAGUGAAAGCUAAGUUUUCAAUAAAAAUGCCAAGCAAGAAAAAGAAAUACAACUCCAGAUUUCCUCCUGCUCGAAUCAAAAAGAUAAUGCAGAAAGAUGAAGAAGUGGGAAAGGUGGCAGCUGCAGUGCCUGUCAUUAUCUCUCGUGCUCUAGAGUUGUUCAUAGAUUCAUUGAUGGAAAAGACUGCAGCAGUUACAAGGGCGAAGAAUGCAAAAACACUGUCAGCAUCCCAUAUAAAACAAGCCAUCCACUCUGAGAAGACGUUUGAUUUCCUGCGGGACCUUGUGAAAAAUGUUCCAGACCAUCAGACUGAGGAUGAUGCGGAAUAUCCGGGACCAUCCACCAGUGCUGUAAAUACCAUGGUUCCUGAGAAAAAACCCAAGCUUGGCAGGCCAAAGAAGGAGGGAGGGCGAGGCCCGGGCCGACCCAGGAAAGUGAGACCGGAGGAAACUCAGGAGCUUAAGUCUGCCCAGUCUGUUACAGACAGUGAUGAGGAGACUGAGACAGAUGAGGGGGACAACUAUGACAGUGACACAGGGGUGGGACCUUCCCCUCCACCUCCCCAGCCAGACCCCCAGGGAGCCAGGCCAACUGACUUCCUUGUACAAGGAGACCGACGGGACCAAACCUCCACUGCUCAAUACAAUAUUCAUUCUCAUGGUGGGCAAAUGGGUGGCAUAAGACCACCCCUGCCUGUACCUACUAUGUCACAGCAGCCAUUUUGUUCAGGGAACACUGGUAUGACUAUGCCAUCCUCAGCUCAGCAGCAAGGCGGCCAACCACAGGUAUCUUCAGGAGCCUACCACCUACAGGGAGGGCCUCCUUUGCAGCCUGGGAUGAUGAUGCGACCCCCACUACCGCAAGUUACCUCAGCCCCAUUGGUAACCUCAGCUUCUAGCCACAGAGCCCAACAGUCAGAAUCAUCAACAAAACAGUCAGAGACGGCCCAGAGUAAUCCACCUCAGCAUUUUACCCCCCAGCAUUUUCCGCCUGGCUUCCAAGUGCCAAGUAUGCCUUUCCAGCAAUACUCCGGUAUGAUGGGGGGCCAUGGUCAUCAUCCACAGAUGGGCUCAGGUCAUUUUAUGCCACCUCAUUCGAUGCCAGGAAUGCCGGGAUUUCCACCCCAGUUUAUGCCUGCACAGUCGCAUCCCGGCAUGAUGGCACCUAAUAUGGGGAUGCAGGGCCCAAUGAUGAGUUUGCUGUCAGACAUGAGACCCCCUGGACCCCCACCUCUGGUUCCCAUCGGCUCAAUACAGGAGAACCAGGACAAUGACAUGCCUCUCGACAUGUCCAUUAAUAACAAAAACAGAUCUCAAGAAAGGACCACCACAUCUACCAGCCCCAUGGUGACCUUAUCCCAGAUCCCCACCCCCACCUGGGCCCCACCGAGUCUCCCCCGACCCCCACACUUUAAACAGGGAUUUCCAGGGGCAGGGCUGUAUAGCCCCAGGGAACAGGUCCCCAACCCAGGAGGGCCCCAAGGGAUGCCUUAUUUUGGCUCACAGGGACACAUGUCUGACAGCUCAAGUGUUCUUAGUGGUCGUAACAAUAUAAAAACUGUUGAACAGGGAACAGACAAACAUGCUAAAUCAAAAUCUCCACAGCCCAAGGCUGAUGAAGGGGACGAGUUUAAUAGGAAAAAAGACUCCUCAAGUGCUUAUUUACCACAAGACAUUAAAAUGUCAGAAUGUGAUAAUAAAAUACUAAACUUUACGAAGAUCAAUGCCAAUAGAAACAAUUUUGCUGAAAAUGGCAAACAUUCUGAUCUGACCAGUGGUCAAAGGGAUUCUGUAAUUGUGAAAAGUAAAGAGAUACCGGGCAACAAUGUGAACGCAGAAGGGAGGACUGUAUCAUACUCCGGACUGCCCAACUUUAUUAGCCGAUCUAAUGCGAAAGUGGACACUCAUGAAGAUGAUGAUUAUGAUGCAUAAUAAAUAUACAUGGUCUUCUGUGUAUCAAGCUUCUUUGAAAGAAAAUAUGAAAUACACUAGGUUUAAUGACCAAUGCCCUUGCCAAGUAGUGUAAAAUGGCUGGAAUAAUCUUCAAAGAAUGUUCUUUUCUCUCUAAGGGCUAUUCCAUUAAAUCAUAUAACCCCCCGGGUGGAAGGCACUUUUAGAUUAUGCCACCCCCCUCCAGAAGCAAAUUUACCCUUGUGGGAUCAAAAUUAGUGAAAAAAGACACUCACCCAUAUACUAUUUAAAUAAUUGCCUUCCCCCCUGUGGGUUAUAUGUUUUACUGGAAUAGCCCUAAAUUGAAACUGUAACAUUUAGUACUAUUUAGUACUAUUUUAAGAUUAUUUAUAGCUUUAAUCAUAUAAAUAUACAUUGACGUUCAUGCAAGAAUCACUACUGUUAGUGAAGAAACCCACCGAUUGCCUAAAUGAAAAGUUUGGUCAUGGAAGUUAGACUUUUGGCUGAACAGGCCAGAUUUCUUACACAUGUGCUCUGCAUCCUUUUUUUUAACAAGCCCUGCUAUAUAUAAAAUCAAGAAUUUGAGCAAUCCUUUAAUGUGUUGUAAAAGUGCAGGGUUUGUGGGCCUGUGCUAGAUACGACUAUCAGGAUAGUCUUUUUCCACGUUUUAUGUGUUCGUGUGUAAUUUGAAGUAGCAUCUAAAUUUAUUCCAAAUAUAUUAAGAGAUCUGUUUUACAUGAAUAUUUGAAAAUGUGGCAGAAAAUGCUUUAUUUUGGCAAAAAUAUUUAAUAAGGCAAAUUAAAAUUGAUUUUUUUUAACCCUCUUUGUUUUAAAUGACUGUCUCUGUUGCUGUUCGUUUUUAUUCUAAUAUAUUUAUAAAAUGACAUCUUCACAACCUGGAUGGCAACGUAAAAUUUAUGAGCAAGCCCCUUCAAAAUACUAUCAAUCAUUGUAAUGCAUGAGAUAAAAGAAUGGCUUGUAUUAUGAACAGAAAACAAGUUCUUCAAGUCUCCAGAGUAAUAGGGAUUUGAUGUUAAGAACUUGAAAAAUAUAUAAGAAACUAAGUUGCAGUAAAGAUAUUCAAGUAGUGUUAAAUACAUUACUAUGUUUAAAAUAAGCGCCAUGAUUGUUACACUUCUGUUAUUAUUGUACGAAAAAAGUGAAGAAUGUCUAAAAAAUAAUGUUAAUGAUUUUGAUUGGAGUAAGCGUUUUAAGCAUUUGUUGAUGUUUUGAAUAAAGUUCUACCAAACUGA